AUGGCCGACCAAACUCAGGAAAAAACAACUUAAAGCAAUAUUUGUCAAAAUGUUUCCAAAACGUCAACGAAAGCGAAAGAAAAGCCAGUCAAUGGAUGAGAUAUUAGAGGAAUUCACCAAAGAAAUCUCUAAAGAAUUGCAGCCAUGUCAGUCAGAAAAGCAAAGGAAAAAAGAUAUUGUUGUUCGAUUUAAGAGAGAUGAACUUGGUAAUCGUCAGACACAUACAAAGUACCGUGAUAGGAGCCUAUCAAGGAAGGCAGCUUGUCCAGGACCUUGUACAAGCAAAGACUCAGAGCACAUGUCUGCACAACCAGUCAUUAAUGAUGAUGGUUAUAAUGAUGAUGCUGUUGUAUCUGGUUCUUUGGAAGAACCCACAUCAGAGGAGCAAUUAGAAAAUAUACUUGAUGAUAUUGAAGAGGCUUUGGCAAACUGGGAUGGUAAAAAAAAUCGAAGUUGGUGUUCCAGAAUGGAAGCAUUAAAUUCAACAUGGGAAGACCAUCGAAAAGACAUUAUGGAACAUGUAUUGACCUUGGCAGGAAAUUGUCCAGUGUGGGCCUGGAAAUAUGUGUACAGUGUGUGAUGAUGUUGUACAUUCUAAACUGCCUUUACAUGAUAGAGAAAUUUUUAUUGAAGAAUAUUACCAACCUGUUCCUCCCAGUCAAACCAUUUCUCAAGAUGGGAUUAUUAAAUCUAUCAGUAAGUGUAUAGUUUAGAAGGCUUCUUUAGAUUUCAAAGAAAAAACUUACCUGUAUACUAAAGUAGUGAUGGCAUUUAACUACGGUACAUAUGAUGUGAUGCUCCUAUGAAUUAUUCUUUAUUUGUUAUUAUUUAGGAAGACAUUUGCCUUACCAUGUAUCAAAAUGUCCUUUGUGUAAAAGCAGUGAGAACCUUUGUGAAAGAUUUAAGAGUGAAAAAUGUGUUGUUAUAACUUUGAGAGGUCGCUAUGACUUAGAAAUUGCUGAAGUAAUAUGUUCAAAGUGCAAUCUACUUCUUUCACAAUGGAAUUUGAAAACCAUCAUUGGAAUGGGGUAUUGGCCUUCAUCGCCAACCAAUCUGACAACUGUUUUUAAUCAGGAACUUUUUGAAUAUUGGGACAUUUUACAGAAAUUAUCUCCAGGAGUUUCAGAAAGAUCCUUCUUGUCUAGCCUGCAGGAAUUUUCUGUAAACAAAGGGAGGGUUAGUAUAUAGAAUCAACAGAAGCACUUUUAAAUCUUCGAAUAGUAUAAUUUAAUGGUUACUUUUUAUAUAAUUUAAGGUUGGUGUACUUAAUACAACAUCAUUUAAUCGAGCUUACAAAGAGUGGAAGUUUUGUAAAUUUGAAUUGGAAAAGAUGGCUGGUAAAAACUGGAUGGAAUCUCCAACAUGUUCAGUCAGUCAACAUUCUGGUCAUGUGGAUGGAAACAUGAAGCUUUAUCGAUUUAUAUCUGCCGGAGGAAGACAACGUGAUUGUUACUAUGGUGAAACAUUUAUCGCUAGCUCCAAGAAGGUUGAACAACACAUGCAACAACUUCAAUCUCUUGGUUUCUCUGGCAACAUUGAUCGAGUAAUUUAUUGUUGAAUUAAAUAACAUUUACUUACAAUUUGCAAUGUGAAGCAUUCAGGUUUUAAGAAACCUCAUUUAUAUUGCAAGCUGUUGGUAAAUCUUAUAUCCCAUGUAAAAUU